ACUGGGCACAAGAUGUUGUUAGAGUUGAGCAUCCAAACAAAUGCAUGGAUAUAGACUUACUUCUGUACCAGUUCCAGAAAAGAUGGUGGCCUCUGUGCUCACCUUCCUCAUCUCGAGUAAACAUGUUCAACCUGAUGAGCAACUGCUGCAACUGGGUGUCCAAGAUACAGGAGCCAAUCAGGAAAGUGACUAUUGCUGUGGUCGGUCUUGACAGAGCAGGAAAAACCUCCUCCAUCAGGGGGAUGUUUAAAUUGAACCAUGUCGUGGACGUAGGACCCACCAUUGGCUUCGUGCGAAACGAGCUGCGAGUGGAUAACUACCUGGUCUCCCUGCUGGAUGUGGGAGGAUCAGCGGAGUCGAGAGGGGGCUGGAGGGAGCUGUACCCCGAGGCCCACGGGAUCAUCUUCGUGGUGGACUCCAGUGACAGGCAGAGGAUAAAGGAGGUCAAGGAGGUUCUGGCUGACCUGCUGAAACAACCCCGGGUGGCAGGGAAACCGAUAUUAGUGUUGGCAAACAAACAGGACAAGAUGAACGCUUUGCUGGGAAGUGAGCUGAUUGAGAUUCUGUCUCUUGAGAAGCUGGUGAACCAGAGCCGCUCUCUGUGCCAUAUUGAGCCUUGUUCAGCCUUAAUUGACAUGCGACGUUGGUCGGAAAGAAAGACUCUGCGAGGCCUCCGCUGGCUGCUGCGCGCCGUUUGUAUGGAUUAUCCUGAGCUGUGCACCCGAGUAGCCCAGGACAGCAAGAGGCCUCUGGAGACAAAAGAGAGGGAGAAGAACGGGAAAACUGAGAAGGUCCGCAGGAAAAACAAAGGGGAACGGAUGCGAUCCAGCAAGUCCGAUCUUCGUCAGGUUCAUCGGCCCAAAGUCAAGGAGGGGAAGAGCAAGGGUGAAGGAAAACUGCAGCCCAUUCGAAACAUGCUGCAGAAGGAGUCCACAUUGAAAAAGACGCUGAAGACAAAGAAGAAGAAGACGGUUAAGGUCAAGAAGGGUGAAAAGGGCCAAGAGGAGGUGAUUGAUGCCAAGGAGGAGGAGGAGGAAGAGGAGGCUGAGGUUAAUGAAGGGGAGCAAGAGAACUCCAGUCACAGAGAGAAAGCCAGCAGUGCCCUGAUCACGCCCAAAAAAAUCAAAAAAAUCAAACGCAAAGCAAAAGUAAAAGUAAAAGAAGAACCUCUGGACCUGCAAGAAUCUCUGGACAAUGAAGAGAAGCCGCUGAAAGCUAAAGGGGAGAGGAAGAAGAAGAAGAAAGCUGUGAAAGUGAAAAGAAAGAACAAGAUCAACACAGAGGAGAUGUCUGAAGCCUACUCUCAACCCGUGGACCUCUCUGCGACCUUUGAUCUUUACCGGAAAGCGAUACUGGCUCUGAAGGAACGUCAGGGCCAGGAACAGUGAGUCCUGGGUGUGUUCUUCCACCUGCAGGAUGAGGACGUAGUGCACUGUGGCAGUUUCCAGCCGCUCCACAUCACUUCACGGACUGCUACACCCUUCCCACCAGUGGAAAGACAGUC